CCUGGACCCCCCACCCCCUCGUAUCUGGAGGCAAAGGCCGGCAUCGUCGUCUUCAAUGGCGACAUCAACGCCGACAACACUUCUCAACAUCUGACCCGUCUACCUGUCUACCGUCUUCACGUUUUCCAUCUCUCCCGGGACCGCCUCUAUUCGUCCCUUUCUCCUCGUACCGUCCCCUCCACUCCCCUGCUCGGCGUGUCGACCUCUCUUCAGCCCCGCCAUGCCCAACAGACACCCAAGGCAAGGCCAAGGCAGCAGCAGCAGCAGCAGCAACAGCAGUAGCAGCGCGACCCCGUCCAUCCUCCAAGAUGGCCUUCCUCUUCCCAAGCUCAUGGUUUUCGACCUAGACUACACCCUCUGGCCCUUCUGGAUCGACACACACGUCUCCCCACCCCUCAAACCCCACGCCUCUCACACCUACGCGACCGACCGCCACGGCGAGUCCUACACCUUCUACCCAGACGUCCCCUCCAUCCUAGCCACCCUGCCGCGCGCCGCGGGGAUCAAGCUCGCCGUCGCCUCACGUACCCACACCCCGGACCUCGCCCGCGACCUCCUCAAGAUGCUCCACAUCUCCCCCGCUGCGGCUCUCCCCUCGGCCAGCGAAGAACAAGCCAACACCACGUCUUCGUCGGCGCGGAGCAAGAAAGAGAAACCCCGGAAGGCCGUCGAGCUUUUCGACGCGGGGCUGGAGAUAUACCCCAGCAGCAAAAUACGGCAUUUCGAGGCAAUUCAUCGCCGCACUGGCAUCGCGUACGAGGACAUGCUCUUCUUUGACGACGAGAGCCGCAACCGCGACACCGAAGGGUUGGGGGUCACCAUGUAUCUUAUACGCGACGGGACUUCGUGGGUGGAGAUUGGGAAGGGCGUUGCGGAGUGGAGGCGGCGGAGAGGGCAUGCAUGAGAGAUAUGAAGAGAAAUAGAUAUAAAAUAGAGAAACAUACAGGGAGAAGGGGAGGAAGAGAGAGGGCCGGUCAGACCUAGAGAGAAGAGGAGUGAAGUGUCUUCAUAAAGGGCUUCGUUGAGCGAAGAUGUAUACCCUAUAGUUAGACCUGCCUGUUAGCCGGCGCAGACAGCAGAAGGGCCCAAGGAAGGACAUGCGGAGACGAAGAGAAAGACCCGGAGGACUCUGCAAGCAAAGUGGCUUCUUUUCUGUUUUAUGGGUAUAAUGGAUAUAUAAUGAUCAUGCCGACGACUAUGCAAGAAGUUUCCAGCGAUAUUCCAACCAGC